AUGGAUGUCGAUAUUCUCACCCUAUAUGGACCUGGGAUGUCCUUUUAUCGGUCGCAGAUUCAGUUGUCGUCUUCGAAAGAGAAUGGUAUUGUAGGAAAGGCGAAAUUGUCCUCACUAUCGGUGUGUCAGCUCCAGAACAUUCACCAAAUAGGCAGCUGGGUGUACAUUGUGUCUGCGGCACCAAUGCUGAUGUCUAUUCAGAGAUACUCCUCGGCUCUUGAGUUGUUGAAUGUCAGCAAUCAGAACCUGGACCAUAAAAUGAGCAUGCUACGCUCCAAUGUAUUCCGACUCAAAACCGAUUUGUCAAAGCUCCAGCGCCACGUUAGGGCGUUUCAUAAUGAGCUCUUGACCACAUGGCAGGCUGACACGCUUACCCGGCUGGUCGAGGUUGUCUACGAGCGACAAAAUUGGAAGUUACCAGGAGGGGUCGCUGUCGGUGAUCACAUCCAUUUGAGCCGUGAGAGACAGUCACGCAUCUUGGCCACGGCUGCGAGGAGGAUCAGAAAGCCGAUACUGAGAAAGAAUUAUGGGCUCUCGGUGCAGUACUACUCGGCUCUACAGAGAUACGACGAGAUUGUCCACCUGCGCAGUACGAACGCGUUUCGGACGGAAUGCACAUUUGCUCGAAGACUAGUUUCAGAAAAGGAGAAUCACUGGGGCAUGUAUCGAUUUUGGGGGGCACUGUUUCCUCUCUGCUAUAGUCGGUCUGUGGAGGAGAGCGCCGAAAUAUUUUGA